GUUCUAGGUGAAUUUUACGAUAAAUUUUUCAGGUGAUUGUGUAAAAAGAAAAAUAAAUGCCUGAAUUUGACUUCUUACUACACUUUUUUAAAAUUUUAACCAAUCUUAAUGUGCAAAGAACUAAUAAAUUUUUUACUUGACAUUUAAGUGCAACCCUGAACUAACGGCUAUAAAAUAAUAACAAUUAAAACGGUACAUUCAUUUAAUGUUUAGUCUGAUGUGUUUAGUGCCGAAUUUGUAUGAAAAAUGAGUUUUUUAAAGUCCGUUGAAGACAGCAGCACAACAGUGUUGCGUGCCUUAUUGGCCCAGUACAAAAGUAAUCCCGAAAAAUUCGAUCUGGAGGAGACCGAUAUCUAUGGCAAUACGCCACUUUUGAAGGCGUGCUAUUUGGGUCGACGUGACCACGUGGAAUUGCUACUAAAACGUGGCGCUAAUUUGAAAGCAAUGAAUUAUUUAGGUCAAAAUGCCUUAACGCUGGCCACUUAUUGUGGCAGUUUGGAUGUUGUGCGUUUGUUAUUGAGAUUUCGCUCCUAUACGGAUUUCAAUAAGUCAUCCAUUGUGCCAGCUUUAUGUGUGGCCUGUCUGCGUCGACAUCACACGCUUAUUAACUAUUUUCGACGUUUUCCAAGCACAGAGGAGGAACUGACGACCGCACAUGGUAUGACUCCAGCUCAGAUUAGCGAAUGCGUUGAGGUUUGUAAUAAAGUAUAUGGUAGGCGCAGCGGUCAAAACGCAUCUCACAGUGGCGCAGCUUAUAAGAUGCGUUAAUAUAAUGUCGUCAAAACUCCGCUAAACAUAUAAUAAUUUAAUUUACCAAUAUCCCUUUUAUUGUUCUUUAUUCUAAUAUUAUUAUGCCCCUUAAAUGUUAAUAUUUUAAAGUGUUUUACCUCUUGUGCUCCUAAACGGUGUAGAUUUAACCAAUUUUAGCAUGUUUUAAUGUAUUUACUUUAAUGUAAUCUAGUUAAAUAUUUUUUGUAAUUUUGUCAGAUUUUGUAUCAAAAUUUUACUAUAUUUAUUUAAUAAUUUAAAUUUUUUAAUAAUUUGUAUUUACAAUCCAAACAGUGUUAUAGUGUAUAACUGAAUUAGUAACUAAUACAUAAGAUAUUAUACUCUUAGAAAAAUUGUCAAAAUCAUUAAUUUAUGUUUUUAUACUAAGUAUUAAACUUAUCUUUUAAACUGCACAAUAAAAUAAAAUUGAUAUAGUAUAA